AAGUCUGGGCAGACUCGAUUACAUUUCACCACCCUUCCAUCCCCUGUUUGAACACCAAAUGAGCUUGUUACACGAGAAGGUAGUUGCAAGUCCGAAACUAAUGAUUCUGAGAUGAAGUUGUGUUUGCCAUUGCUGUGGUAGUAUGAUCACGAGCAAAAUUGCUCGCUGGACCAUAAGUAAGGGACCGACUUGGCGCUAUGGAUGGACUGGGCUUGGGCCCAUGGGCAAGCAACAAUUUUUUUAAAUUCUAUGGCUAAACUGGCAGCCCUAUACACUGUGCGAGGCUUCUGAAUUCGUACAUCAGAUUUUAAUUCUUCCUUCAAUCCGUUGAUGAAAACAGCAAGAAGACAAUGUUCUGGCCAGCGCUCAACUCGGGCAACUCGUUUUGCAAAUUCUUAGCGAUACUCUUGUACGCUACCUGUUUGCUUGAUGCUACAAAAGUGCUCAUCGGGGUUUUGAUACUCCGGUGUGUUGCCCCUGCCUCGUCCGUCGUGUAGAGUGGUGUCCUGUCCCUGCGUCAUGAAAGAAAGACAAUGACAGAGGACAAGAAAUUCCCUGUUUUUAUGGAUGUCCGUAUAUAUGAGCGCCCCCAUCAAAGGAUGGUUUUUGAGCUAUUCUAUGACAUUGCCCCCUUCACUGCAGAAAACUUCCGUGCUCUAUGUACAGGAGAAAAGGGAGUCAGUCCAAAAACUAGGAAGCGUCUGCGUUACCCAAAUACUUUCUUUCAGAAGGUUAGGAAAGGUGGCUCCUAUGUGAAAGGGGGUGUUUUCGGUUGGGAAACUAGGGAAUGUGUAGAAAGUAUCUAUGGUCCUCAUUUCCCAGUGCUCGAGUCAAAUAACCUCAAGCACGACAAAGAAGGGCUUCUAUCCAUGCCAAUAGGAGAUCUAGAAGCAUGUCGUUCUCACUUUUUGAUCACAUUGAAAGCUGAUCAAAGCCUUGACAGUACUCAUGUGGUGUUCGGAAAGCUUGUGCAAGGGCUGGCUACAUUAAGGGAUAUUGGAAAGUAUUGUUCCAGCAUGCCAAUUGAAAUUAUGAAUUGUGGCAUGUCGUAUAAUGCUGAUUAUGUUCCUCCUGGUGUGAUUGUGAGGCCUUGUCAGCCUCGAAGAGCAAGUAAAAACCAUGCUAAGGGAAUGGGAGAAGAGAGGGCAAGAAGGGACAUCUCUUCCAAAACCAAAAGGUUCAAAAUCUCUUCAUAAAACUAGAGUUUCACAAAGAUGAAACAUGUACCUAAAACACGCCACAAAGAUAUCAUGGGAUUCCUCAAGUCCAGCCGAAACAUUAGACGAAAUUAAGAUGGGUGGAUAUCCUUGCUGCAAAUUCUCUUUUAGAAACUAUAUACAUAUAGUUAGGAUACAAGCGCUGCAUUGCCUCUGAAUUUUCUUGCUUGUAUCGUGGUUAAUACAGUACCAUUAUUUAGGCAACAAUGUUACUGCUUCCCAGUCUUUAAUAGUUUGCCUGAGGAAAUCGUCGAGAGAUUUAUAGAUUCUUGAUGCUUGUUUGGUUUAGCAUAUUAAGGGUUAAGCUCCAGAAAAUUCUUUUAACACUCAAA